AUGAGUAUGACCUACAGUCUAUAUCACAUGUUAAGCUUUCUCACAGGCUCCAAGUCAUGUCCCUGUCCUGCAGAAUUAGGCUCACCUACCGUCAACAAGAGGACUUCUACAAAGCGACAAACACUUUCAAAGAAUAUAAACUCCGCGGCGCUGCGUGUAGGAAAUUACACUCCAAGGGCCAGAGCCAACUCCAGAAAACCCGGCUUCACUGGCGAAAAGCAAUCUACAAACGCCAGCGGGGGUGACCGGGAACGGGUAGCGCGGGUGGAGGAAAGAAGAGAAACCGAGCGCCUCGCCGCCAACCCUCGAACCCGCGCGCGGUCGCCGGAGUCAGACACUAAGAGCCCCGCGCUGCCCAGGGACGGAACCCCGGAACCACGACCACUUACGGAACCAGCCCGCGGGCGGCAACGGCGGCCGCUCGGACUGCGGACCGCGGCACGCGGGCCGGGCGCCGGGAGGGCGGGGGUUCCCCGGAGGAGCUGGCCGCCCCGGCGCCCCAUUGGGCGCUGCUCCAAACGUGCCCGAGUGGUGACAGCAAUAAAGUGGGUCACAAGGCCUAGCGGGUCCCCAGCGAAAGCGCUCUCGGCACCCAGUCCCCGGCUUUCCCCGCCUCCCAGUUGCUGGAAUCAGCAGCAGCUCCGGGCGCCCUCAAGCCACCCGGCCCCGCCGUGCACCCCACUCCCGCCCCUGCCCCGCAGGUCUCCCGCUGCGGUGGCUUGGAACCACCACUCUGCCUGUGUCCAGGAGGCGCCGCGGCUCCCACCUCCAGCAGCACCUGGGGCUGUGAGUGGCGCCCCCCACCCACCCCCCCAAAAAUUCGCCGCUACUGUGGCCAGCUCCUCCUCCCCCUCCCUUCCCUUCCCUUCCUCCACCGACCGGGAGCGCGCAUGCGCCCCGAGGAAGCCAACCGGUGGACAGCAGGCCCUGGGCCCACCGGGCGGGCGCCACUCACCGGGAGCGCUCACGGCGGCGGCCAGAUUUCCUUCGCGCUCUCGCUCUCCGGGGUUUCCUUUUUUAAAACGGCAGCCGCAAGCCGAGUCAGUGAUUGCGCCCCCUCCCGGCGCAUGCGUCGUCAGCUACCCCGCGGGCUCCGACGGCCGGCGGAGGCUCUGCGCUCGCCCCUCCCCUCACUCUCCCUUUUCCCGGCGCGGCUCGGUGCGCAUGCGACUUGCCCAGUUAGGCAGCACGGAGCCGCGCCAGGGAUCCCGGACGCCCGAAAAGACUCCCGCUCCCUUGGGCCGAAACCUGGCUCUGCAGGCGCCCAGUUCCCUGCCCCGGCCGGGAAGGGCGCCGGUUACUAGAAAGCCGGGGAGGCGGGGCCUGGUCGGGUGGAGGGCGCGGCCGGCCGGCGGAGCGCUAGCCUUAGGUCCUGGAGGCUCUUUGGCUUUCCCCCCGUGUGCCGGGGGCGAGGAGGAGGAGGAAGAGCUUCCUGCCGGAUGAGGGAUCCGGAGGCCAGAAAGGGAACCCGCUCUCCCUUCCAAAGCAAAACACUGCAGACGCCAGUGGGUUUAAAUCUGGGAGAAUGGAAACCUGGAGCCGUCUUUCCACACGUGAAUUCUGAGAAAGAAAGCAACAUGGAAAAUAAGCAGAUUUGAAGACAAGAGGUUUGGCCUAAACACAUGUUUGAGGCCCUGAAACAAAUGUGGACUAGAUUCCUCUGGAAAUUUCAUUAAACCAGUCAGUAAAUUCUU